AAAAACUCCCAAAUUAAAAAACAAAUAUAAAACAGAGAAAGCGGGCAAGGGACAGAUUUGUCAUCCGAGCUUUUUAGCGUACCUUCAAGUUUCGCAGCCGAGAGUAGCUCCAUAACCACCGGCUUGUACCACGGCCAGAGUUUCCUGCAUCCAUGGCUAACAAUCCUUCACAGCUACUCCCCUCAGAGUUGAUCGACCGCUGCAUUGGUUCCAAAAUAUGGGUAAUAAUGAAGGGUGACAAGGAGCUCGUCGGCACUCUUAGGGGAUUCGAUGUUUACGUCAAUAUGGUCCUCGAAGACGUCACUGAAUAUGAGAUCACUGCAGAAGGAAGACGGAUAACCAAGCUUGACCAGAUUCUAUUGAACGGAAACAACAUUGCCAUUCUUGUCCCUGGCGGUUCACCUGAAUCAGAGUGAGUAACAAUGGAUGUCUAUGCGGGCAGUGAUCGUUCAUAUUCAUUUGGUGGGAGCCGACAGCUUAUAGGUAAUGAUGAGAACUUAGGUCUCCGAGAUUCUAUUUGUAUGUCAGCACUUUGUUUUUUUACUAGGUGACGUGGUUGUAUGAUAAUCGUAAGGGGAUUUUGUAAUCAUGUUUAAUUACUCGUUAGUUUUGUUAAAUACAUUGAUAUAACCUUUUGUCCUUUUAAAUGUUUAAUGGCCUUUUCAUACAUUGACAUAUCAUAGACGGUUUUCAUUGCUGUCUCUGUUUGGUGAUAAUUUAAGAAACUUUUGGCUA